GAUAAGGUUUGGAGGGCAGCAUUAACGUUCACAUGGCACAACGUAGACGGGAAUACGGGCGUGCGGAUAAGCGCUUUUACUCGUUUACUUUGGAGCAACUGGCGAUGACACCCAAGCCAAGGAUGAGCUCGUGGUGUGGAUGUACAAGUAUGUUUGAUACCAUGACGACGUCAUUUCAUAUAAUCGAUAACGUGAUAUGUACCUCUGCCGAGAAAAGGACCUACCCCCACAAGCAUUAUGUAUAUUGUCUGAAUGUCCAAUGGUCUGACGGUGAGGAAAGCGUUAUCUAUCGGAAAUACAGCUCUUUCUUCGACUUUCAGGCACAAUUGCGCGACGAAUUGAAGACGAGAGAGGAUGUGACAGUUCCAGAAUUGCCAGCGUUGCGCCUCUUUGAGAGAGAGAACAGAGUUGGGAAAGACACGGCAGAGAAAAGGCGGAGGAAAAUAGAAGAUUUUUGCAGGCAAGCAUUGAGUCUUCCUCCAGAGGUCAUCUGUAAACCGUCUGUGACGUUCUUCUUCGAACAGUUGCCCACUGAUAAACUUGGAAAUGUCAAGGAGCCGCCAAGUGAAGGGCAGCAGUCACAUGGGCUAGCCACCAAACUAUUAAAGUUUUUCGAAGACAACAAACGGCAAAAGAAAUUUCUUACGAAGGGGGCAUAUUCGUUUUACAAACCUGAUAAACAACACAAGCGAAGUAGUAGUAUUGGAAACGUGAUCGAGAGUGGCCAGUCCCGAGACAUUGGCAGUCAGCCGGCCCUGUCUUAUCAAACAUUUCCCAGCGGCAGUGUUGACCAGUUUCAUCCGGACACCUCCCCGAAGACCUCCUCUAGGCGCGACAGUGACAGUGAGGUCCUUGACGGCCAGUGUAAGGUCACUUCUGAUUAUGACAAGAGAGCGCCUAAUGAGAUCAGUCUGAAGGAAGGCGACACUGUAGAGGUGGUUGAUAAGCUAAUUUCAGGUUGGUGGCUCGUCCAGAUUGCUGGUGGAGGCACAAUCCAACAAGGUUGGGCGCCAGGAUCCUGUCUUGAACCAAUCGAACCAGUGGACAGCAUGAUUGUCACCAAAACACCCCAUCAAGGAACUGGAAGUCUCUUCAAAGCCCUAAUUGAUUACACGGCACAGGAUGACGAGGAAGUCACCUACACAACGGGACAGGAGGUGGUUGUACUCGAGGCGAAUAUGGAUGGCUGGUGGUUGGUCCAGGUAAAUGGUCGCAAGGGUUUAACUCCUGCUGCAAAUUUGGAAGAGGUCAUUGAUGAGGAAGACGAGGAAAAUGAUCUGUAUGAUUACGUCAGAUAUAUGAGGACAAGUCGGAGGGAGUCCCAAUUAUACAAGAAACCGCCUGCUCCCAGGCGUUCAAGCACACUCAGAAAGACACAACCUUUGGUAACCAUAAGAAAUUCAGAUAUGGACGAUUAUGCUGAAAUUGACGACUUUUCGGUCACCAUAGAUCUCGGAGAUAAAAAUAACAGAAUGGAGACACCCUCAGCGCUCAAGCCACCUUAUGCGAAGCCAAAAGCGCAUAGUAUUAGUGACCCGUCACGUCCGGUUAGCGAGACGGACUCAAUCGACACUGCGGACACGACGGACGAAUUAAAUUCACUUUACGCUCAUAUCGACAAAACGAAAAAGAUAAAAAAAGGCGGAGAUCCGGGUCAAUCUGGCACGCGUGGACAUAAUUAUGUGAAUUGUGAUGUGUCUUCUGGCGAUCAAAGACCGACGAUUCCAGAGAGACAAUAUUCCCAGAGUGAAUUGCGCGAUGGUAACGGAUCUGUGAAGGACGGCCGUGAUGAGAAUGUGGGGAAAGAACAAGGGACGACUGGGUUGACAUAUAUCAACGUGGAGGUCGGAUCAAAAAAGACGCCCCAUGAUCCGCACCAAGACACUGCAGUCGUAUAUGCCAAAAUCACUCCCGGCCUCACCCUGCCGAAUAUACCUAGUGAGAUGCUAAACCCCACACAAGUGAAGGUGAAGCCUUUAGAUGAAACCUUGGAUUCACCGCCAACGUCACCGCACUCUCCCAAGGUGGAUUCAACCUCGCUGGUAAAAGCAUUGAAACCAGGGAAGAAUGCUAUUAUUGAUGAUCGGGCACAUCCAUGGUACCUCGGUUACAUGUCUCGCCAAGAUGCCGAAGACUUUCUCAAGAAGCAUGCCAAGCAAAAUGAGUUCUUAGUCAGAGAAAGUGUCAAGAAGCAAGGGGAUUUCACGAUAUCUGUCCUACAUGACAAGCGGGUGCGACACUUUCGGAUAGAGCGGACUUCGGAAGGACAGUACCUGAUCGGGAGGCACAACUUCCUCAGAGUUCAGGACGUUCUAAAGACAUAUCAGAAGCAACCUAUGUUCGUGGACGAAAAUGAUGUUGGUGUGCUUCUCUCUAAACCAGUUUCAACUUCAAGCUUGCGGUUGCCCGCGCUGUAAAUAUGUGCAUGUCAUCGACGUUGCAUCCUGAGCUUCAGGGCCUUAGUUUAUAACUGGACAAUUUAUGUCGCGCUCAGUAUUGUGUGCAAGGGGAGAGACAUACGUAACCUGCAUGGUAUUCGAGGAUGUCGUAGUAGUUACUGUAUAGCCUGGGAUAAGGAAAAUAUCAGGGGCAAAUGAUCCUCUUAUAUCAGUCCUUUAGAUAGCUCCUAAAAUACACUCACACUGCAGGGCUGUCCCAUCGAUGAUUCACUUCUGUCACAGUAUUAUAUGUUUAUCUACCUCCCAACAGGUUCGAACAUUCGCAAACAUCCAAGGAGCUACACUCCCAAGGCAGUCCAAAGUGUAGAUAUGAUAUCAAAACCACUUCCUGGAGAAGUCUGACAAAGUAGCUAUUUAGUGGGCGUAUCUGAUCCCAAUCCCAUAUAGAAUUUACCUGGUUUAUCACAAUCACCCUUGUCUCUAUUAUACACUUAGUUAAGCCAGUAAAUACUUGUGGUGUGACCGAAACCGCUGGUUGGGCUGCCUUAUUUUCAACAUAAACUCGCUUCGUCUGUAUCAAAAAAGUUUCGAAUUGUUUCUCGCAGAACGGUUUCUCAAAUUGCUUAUUUAUUACCCAAGAAGUACAGUAUUUCUUAGAUAGAUGGUAAGCAUGAUUUUGACCGCUUCAAGAGCGGAACCAACUAUAUAUAUAUACGGACAGUUUGUUCACCGUUUGAAGAAAUUUACACACUAAACGUAUGUACCUGUCCGCUCACAGGUAGCCUACACUUGGAUAUCUCAACCUCUAUAUUGUAUUCAAUAUAUGAAUCAAUGAAAAGUUAGAAAUAGAUGCGCCUCUGAAAUGACAUAAGUUAGCCAAUAAAAUUACAACUUAUUUUCAAA